GUGAGAGUCAUGCUAACAUAUGCAGAGAGCGAAAUCAGUGUGUUUUCCUCUAGCACAUGGUUUACGAUCGUCACACUGAUUGCUGUUUUGUUAGUGACUCUUUUUGUUGCGUUUUUACAGGAGAAGGACUCGUUGUUGCUUUUUCUCCAACAGCAGUUCGGUUUGAAAUCAACAGGGGAUGCUGUUUUGAACGACGAGGAUGAAAAGCAGUUUUUAAGCAGGGAGGCAUCACGAGACCUGCAUUCCUCUAAUCCAUCGGGUGGUCCUUCUGAAUCUAAGGAGCUUUUCAACAAUCUGCUCGCCCCUCAACCUCCGGAAGUGGUCGCUACGUCCGACAAAUCGGACGAGGAAACCGAGUCGGAAGAAGAGAGCGAUUCGGAAGGGACGCCGACAGUGAUCGAUUACGAUUUGUACACUCGCGUGUGUGAGGAGUACCGAAAGACCUCUGCAGCUUUAAAAGAUCGCGAGAGCGAGGUAGCAGAGCUGAUAAAGGAGAACGAAGCCAAGGGGCUGACCAUCAAGCUUCUUCGAGACCAAUUGCAAACUGUGGGUUCUGUUUCAAGCGAUUCUACGGGCGCUUCUACGGACGUGAAGCAGCUGCAGGCGGUGAUCGACCAGCAGAAGCAAGUGAUUCAGUCGCUGCUGGGCAUCGACGGCUCCAAAAGCGACGUUGAAAAAAUCUUCGCUCUCUACGACCAGAAAACGCAGGAGCUCAACGCAGCACGCCUCCAAAUCGACCAAUUCCAAGCGGACUUCGCUCAGUUGGAAAUUUACAAGCGCAAAGCCGAGUUGGUCGACGUUUCCCCUUUCGUUGUCCUCUACUCCAUAGAAGCUUCUUUUAGAGAACGAAUCCUUGCAGGCCAGACUUCGCGUCGAGUAUCCCUAUCCCGCCUAUUCCUUCCCUGCGGGGUUCACCUACCCGCUCCUCCCUCCCGGGUUCGGCUAUUCGCAGCAAGCGAGCGUGGCGGACGGGAAUUCGGUGGGCGUGUUGAACGACGAAGACACCGCCAGCCGUCUCUCCGAGGGCGUUUCCUCUCUGAUUCCCGCGGAAUCGGCGUCGACGACGACGUCGAAGGCGGGGAAGCGUCCGAUGAAGCUGCGGAACAAGGUGUAUUUCCAGCUGCUGGAGGCGACCAACGCGCUGCAGCGCGAAGAAGCGGAGAAAACCGACGGCGGCGCGAAGCCGGUGAAGCUGAGCUCGGCGCAAGUGGCGCGUCUGGCGCAGAUCGCGCUGGAGACGCAGCCGCAGGACGAGAAGGCGGUGGAGGCGAGCCGCGCGCAGCUGAGCGAGUUCGUUCCGCUGGUGGGGCGAUGCGUGGAGUCUCGGUUUGUACAGUAUAUCUCGCAGAUUCAGUCCAUUUUACGUCAAACGUUGUGGCGUGUUUGUGGAACAAACAGGAUAAUACCAGGGAGCUUCCUCACUCUCGUCGAACGACUCGCCACGACCCAUCUCCAGCAUCGGUUCGCAAUACGACAAGGGCGAAUAGCCCCACGAAUAGCGCUCAGGCACAACGGAGAAGGCCGAUCCCAUGGACGUAA